AUGCCUAUCGGAAAAUUAGAACAAUUCGAAUUAGAUUCAAAAGAGUGGCCAGCGUAUAUACGACGCGUUAAACAAUACAUGUUAUUAAACGAAGUGAAAGAGGAGUUAAAAGUAUCACUGUUAAUAACGGUAGUCGGGAAGGCGACUUAUUCGCUUAUGUGUGAUUUGUGUUCUCCGAGUCACCCGGAAACAAAGUCAUUCGACGAAUUAGUUAAACUUGUGAGUGAACAUCUGGAGCCACAGCGAUCCGAGAUCGCCGAGCGCCACGUAUUUCGUCUCCGGCGACAGCGCACCGGCGAACCGUUGUCAGAAUACCUACAGUGCUUAAAACACUUAGCGACCACUUGUAAUUUUGGAACUACAUUGGAGGAAAAUUUACGUGACCAAUUUGUUUCCGGCCUGGCUAGUGACGCGAUGAGGUCGCGUAUUUUUGCCGAGCGAAAUAUUAAAUACCGAGAAGCAGUCGAGUUGGCUAUGGCUCUAGAGGCUGCUGAGAGGCACGCGGAGGUGAGCGGGUCGAGAACGUCGACAGGGACCUCGGGUGCGGGCAGCGACGCGGCGGGCGAGGGCCUGCAUGCAGCGAGCGCGCGGCGCGCGCGGCCCGGCGGCGGCGGCGGCGGCGCGCCGGCGCAAGCGCCGAGGGCUGCGCCGCGCAGCGUCGACGCGCAGCUGCGGUGUUGGCGGUGCGGGCGCGGACAUCGCGCGGAUAGGUGCCGGUUUGCGCAGUAUAAUUGUGACGAGUGUAAUCAGCGGGGCCAUUUAAAGGUUAUGUGUAAAGAGGUGCGUAAUCGAUCGUACGGGCGACAUAAAUAUGUGAGUGAGACCGACAAAUCGGAGGACGAGUUUUUCAACAUUCAGUUGGCGGCUAAAGGUAAUAAACCAUAUUUAGUUAUUGUGAAGAUGGACGGACGACCGAUCGAAUGUGAAAUAGACACAGGUAGUCGUAUCUCCGCUAUGAGUGAACAGUUUUAUCAACAAAAUUUCACACACAAACAUAUUGUUUCGGAUAACUUAUUAUUAAAAUGUUAUUCCGGCUCACGAAUUGAAUCGCUCGGAUAUAUAUCGGUUGACGUGUCUCUCGGUAACGAGAGGGCCAAUAACUUAUCUUUAUAUAUUAUAAAGAACGGCGGCAGGCCGUUACUAGGUCGGGAGUGGAGGAUACGCGCUCUAAAAAUUAAACAAAUUAGUUUUAAUGAAAUAACGGACGAUCAGUUCGUGAGCUGCCUUAGGGAGGAGUUUCCCGAAGUGUUUAGUGAACAGCUAGGGGAGAAUAUAUCGCAAGCAUUAAGUAAGUUUUUAUUUCAAUAUCGUAAUUGUGAACACACUACUACGGCAGUGUCGCCAGCGGUCGCGUUACUUGGGAGACGGCUGCGGGGUCGACUCGACGCGUUACGACCAGACGUGGGGGCAGUGGUGCUGGAAGCACAAAGCAAACAGGUCGACAGGGCAGGAGGUACUAAUCGCGAGCUGCAGCUCGGUGAUACAGUAUUGACUAGGGAUUAUACCACUAAAGGGGAAAAAUGGUCAGAGGGGACGGUCACCAAGAAAACCGGGCCCGUGUCAUUCAAGGUUGAUGUAGGGGGAGGAGUAGAGUGGAGACGUCACCAAGACCAAAUGAUACAGUUAGGUAAUAGAAAAGAAAAAAAUCGAUAUUCAUUGGCGCGAACAUCAGCGACAGCUAGUGCGGACGCGAAUGAGGAACAGACGCCUGGGGUUGAUGACGAUGCAGAUGAUCAAUGUAGUGAAGCGCCCGAGACGGGUGCUAACGCGGGGCGGGCACUACGCUCCCCGGGUCUUCCAGGACCGGCGGGCGAGCCCGCGACGCCUCCACCCCCACCGGACGCUUCUGCCAGAGCUAUACGUGCUUAUAAAAGAGCUAUAAUACAGAAGGACAAAAAAACC